AUGACUGUAAUGAAUACAGAGCUGGAGAAAUACCAGUUGAGACAACAAGAGGAGGCAGAGGCCGAAAUGUUUAAAAUGAGGGAUGCUAAAGAUAUGAAAUCAACGCCUCAUCAAACACCAUGUUUAGGGGCAAAUACUUCAAAAUGGAAACGUGUACUAUGGUCUUUUGUGUUUUUCUAUGCCUCCAUCAGCAUUGGAUUUUUAUGUUAUGUAUUUUUUAUUGAUCCGACAUUUGUCUUUGAAACAAUGAUCCCUGGGAUUCUUGGGCGCCGAAGAAUAUUGGGUAGGUUUGUGGAUUUGAACCUGAGGAAGAGUUCAGACACUAAAGCACUUAAAGGGCUUGUGGAGAAUGCAGCUCAUCUUGGAUAUUCAACUGUUGCCAUUAAUCAUGUUGUGGACUUUAAGGAAAAGAAGCAGGAAAUCGACAAACCAAUAGUUCCUUCUGAACUCUUUUCCUCUUUACCUAUUGUACAGGGGAAAUCGAAACCAAUUAAAAUUUUAAGUAGACUGACACUUAUAGUAUCAGAUCCAUCACACUGCAAUGUUCUGAGAGCAACAUCUUCUCGUGUCAAGCUAUAUGACAUUGUUGCAGUUUUUCCAAAGACAGAAAAACUUUUCCACGUUGCUUGCACUAGUUUGGAUGUGGAUUUGGUAUGCAUAACAGUAACAGAGAAGUUGCCAUUUUACUUUAGAAGACCUCCUAUUAAUGUGGCAAUUGAACGAGGCAUUGGGUUUGAGCUUACUUAUUCUUCUGCCAUUAAAGAUUCCACGAUGAGGAGAUACACCAUUUCCAAUGCACUUAGUUUGAUGCAGAUCUGCAAAGGGAAGAAUGUAAUUGUAUCUAGUGGUGCAGAAAGGCCUUUAGAAAUAAGAGGACCAUAUGACAUAGCAAACUUAGGCUUAUUGUUUGGACUCUCUGAAAGUGAUGCCAAAGCAGCAGUAUCCACAAAUUGCCGAGCAAUACUUCUUCAUGGAGAAACCAGAAAGACUGCUUUUGGUAUUAUUUAUACAACAAAGAAGCCAAGAACAACUGAAGAGGAUGACAGUGUUCCAGCAUGCAAAAAAGCCAAAUGUGAGGACUGACAAAGAAUUGCCUUGACUUUGAUCAGCCCAUAAUUCUUUUUCCAUUGACUAACACCAACAAUCAUGAAGAAAACACUUUACCUGGAUUACUGCUUGAAUUUUAUCUUGGAAGUGAUCGUUUUAUAAACUUUUAUAUUACAGUCAUUAAAAAUAGGGAACAGACUAAUGAACCACCAGUAAUAACCUUAGAAUUGUUUAAUUUAGAUAAACUUUGUUUAAAUGAAAAACAGAAUAAUACUAUUUUGUCCCUGCUUGCAAAUAAGACGUUGUAAAGAACAUAAAUAGUUGACAAAUUGUUCUAAUUAAUUGAAAUGUCACCUUAUCUCUAUCUCUUGUUCUUUACAUACUUUAAUGCUCUUUUAUUCAAUAGUUUCGGACAGCUAAGUACUUCAGGAGAUAGAUUGUCAGACCUGAAGUCAGGAAGGCUCAUCUUUCUGAGUUCAAAUCCAACCUCAGAUACUUAAGAGCUC